UGUUUGGUUUUUUUUACCUCAUACUGAGGGUAGGUGGUGACAUUGUGGAUCAGUGCUGAGUAGAAACAGACCAUGUGACCGUGUCAUGUGAUGAGGUUGAUAACAGAGUGAAGCAGAUGAGCUCUGCUCACAUGAAGUCAAGCAGCAGCAGCAGCAGCAGCAGCAGCAGCAGCAGAGAACAUGUUCCCGUCACCUUCUCUUCUCCUCCUCCUCAGAAAAGCGUGUGAAGAAGGUCCUUUCCUGCGUGUCCUGUUUCCGUGACGCGUCUCUGUCAGAAAUGUCCGGUGAAGCUCCGAUGAGGACAAACGUCACGACUGGCCUGGAUCUGACGGAGCGAGUGAUGCUGUCCACUCUGACCACGGUGUCCUGCGGCAUCUUCUUCUUCAUCAACGUGACCACGCUGUUCACGCUGAGGAGCAGGCGCGUGUUCUGUGAGACGUCGCGCUACGUGCUGCUCUACAACCUGCUGCUGGCGGACACGCUUCAGAUGUCCCUCAGUCAGGUCCUGUACCUGCUGUCCAUCUGCAGGGUCAUGCUGACGUUCCCCGUCUGCGGACUUAUGGUCAUGAUCGCCAACCUCACCAACGAGGUGUCGCCGCUCACGCUGGUGGCGAUGUCCCUGGAGAGGUACGUGGCCGUGUGCUUCCCACUGAGACACGCCGCCGUCGUCACCGCCAGGAACACGGCGGUGGCCGUGUUUGCGGUGUGGGCCGUGUGCUCGCUGAACGUCGUGACCCGCGUCCUCCUGCUGCUGCAGUUUCCCUUUGAAGAGCUGGACUCUCUGCAGAUGAAGACCAUCUGCGGGACAAUGGUCAUGUUCCUCGGGCCGGCGUCCGACACGUACGACCGAGCCUACACAUGCUUCCUGUUUGUGUCGGCGACUGUGGCCAUCAUCGCGUCGUACGUUGGCGUGGUGAUCGCGGCCAGGGCGGCGUCCUCGGCGGACGGCGCCUCAGCUCUGAAGGCCCGCAACACGCUGCUGCUGCACAUGGUCCAGCUGGGCCUCAGCCUCUCGUCCACGCUGCACAACUCGCUCCUCCUCCUCAUCUCCAGAGUCGUGACGACGGCGGCGCUCAUACGAAUCCUAAACGUGUUGUACGUGUUCAUCAUCAUGCUGCCGCGCUGUCUGAGCGCGCUCAUCUACGGACUCAGAGACCAGACCAUCAGACCCGUCCUCUUCCACCACCUCUGCUGCUGCUGCUCCUUAAAGAAAGUCCACAUCUCACCCUGAAGCAGCCGCAGAGGCUACGUGAGUUCAAGUCUAUGAUGUCUCAAGAUCGUGUUUCACGUCUGUAUCUCACAGUGAGACUGACUUUAACAACAGGAAACUGAAGUUUGUAAACAGCUCACUCUCCCACACCAAACCCCAUAGAGAAAAUCAGUGAUUUUAGCUGACGGGGACACAGGAGCUGCUGCUCCUCUGCUGCUGUGUGUGGUCACUUUGUGUCACUGAGGUCAAUCUGAACUCAGCAUUUUAAAAGCUGAAGUGACAAAAUAAGACAUUAGAACUUAGUGAUGGAGGCAGCAAAUGUCUUCUGUCUUUUCUGCAGCUGAGUCAUGAGCAUGAGUUUAGUCAUUUCAUUUCACUAACUAAAAAACUCACUAAACUGUUUUUAGUUGAGCUUGUUAUGACAUUAUGUAUAUAUAUAUAUAUAUAUAUAUAUACACAUACACACACAUAUAUAUAUGAAUAAUUAUGGUGUUUGCAUCAGGUCUUUCUUGAAAAAACAGGACCUGAAUCUCAGUGAGUUAAAGAAGAGAAAGCUAAAUUAAAUUAACACUGUGGACACAAAUCUAGUUUAAGUUUUUAAUUUAGUGCAAGAUUUUCAGAAUUUAACUGUAAAAACUUAACAAAAUAUUCAUACUUUCACCGAGUUUUCCUCCAUCAACUCAUUUGUUUUUUCAUGUGGAGGAAAGAAACUGGAAAACAUUCACAUUUAAGAAGCUGAAAAACCACAAACUGGUUUUAAUUUUGGAAAAAAACAACUUAUAAACUGAUUAAAUUGAUUUGUUGAAGUUUUUUUUCCUCU